CCUCAUCCGGCGCGCUUGACGGCUCCGCGAUGCUGUCCCUAGACGUCCAUCUCUAUACCAGGGGCUAGAGGCGCAGCCAAAGGCCAUUUCUGGCAGCCAUCUGUGUGGUAGGUAACGAAGGGUCAGUACAUUGAGGCUUUUUCCCGCAUCGCCAAAGGCGGGAACCGGUCGUACGCUCGGUCUCGCGUUCGAGUCGGAGGCCCUGUGUCUCAACAGGGACAAGAAGAGUUCAGCAGAUAUUAAGAUCAAGGUCGAUAUUGAGUCUAUAAAAGGUUGUUUAGGAGAAAAGGAAGAAUUAAAUCUUCGAAACAGCUAGACGACAUGUCUCGAAAUCGCCCUAGAGGGCCUCCGGUGCCCCGGGACAAUGGACUGGCCGCUAAUGAGGAGACCGACAUGUGGAAUAAGAUCCUCCAAGAUCUACGCAAAGCCAAGGAGAAGAAUGACAAGCAAAGGGCUCUCAGUGAACAAAUCAUGGCGUUAAAUGAGAAAAUUGCCCGAGAGCGCAAUAGACCAACUCUAAGUGAGCAUAAUCAGCUCGAUGGCUUGUUUCGCCAGAUGCUUAAACUCUGCGAGGAAGAGCGAGCUAUUCUACAAGAAGAGCCAAGUGAUGUAAUCAAAAAUCUGGGGCUUCUGACGGCACUGCGUCAGGCAUCCGAAGCAGAAGCGCCGCUUAACCGGUCAGCCUCGCUUCCCAAAUCGCGAAAAAAGAGGAACGAAUUGGACGGGUCAGCAACCGACUCUCCUGGACCCUCGGCUCCACCCGUGUCAGACAAGCUGAACCGAGUAAAAGGCAGCGUUCAGCGCAGCUCCAGCGUGUCGAGUCAGGCGCGCGAGAGAGACACCCGGGAUACCGUUGCCGUCAAGAUCGAAGACAGUCCUGAACUGACCAAAGGCACCCUUGCCGAGCGCAACGGACACCUGGUUGUUGGGGCAGAAGUGGUCUUCAAACACAACAAAAACAAACAGGGCGUCGAAGGCGAGGGAAUCCAAUGUAUCAUCAAGGCAAUCUCCGGGGAUGGUCACAAGAAACGAUACGACGUUCAAGACCCCGAGCCAAAUGAGAAUGGUGACACCGUAUUCCGGACGACAGCAGCCUCUCUCAUACCCAUCCCGAAGGCCGGGUCCACGCUGCCUUCAUUCGUCGUUGGGAAACAGGUUCUUGCCCGGUAUCCAGACACAACCACUUUUUACCGCGCCGAGGUGAUGGGCACCAAGAAGGAUGUCUAUCGACUGAAAUUCGAAGGCGAAGAGGACGAUAAAGAGAUGGAAGUUGACCGACGCUUCGUCUUGGAUAUUCCCUCCAAAUGAAAUGAUUCGACCACGGAUCUGGCCUACGAAAUACCAAGAGCUGGCGCGAGAUAGUACCAUCUACGGGACCUGCAGGAUUGGACUGCAGCCACACCCACUCCCCAGCAUCAUGAUACCCUUUUUUUCUAUACUUUUUUGCAUGAAGUUACCAAUUUGUCAUGUCACCGGAGUCAGGCGAUACAUUAGGCUGUCUGGUUUAGCUUUACAUGGGGGGCUGCCUAAUGAAUUUGUUCAUCUUUAC